AACCGGAAGUUCAGGAAAAGGAGGCGUGUCAAGCCUAAUUGUUUACGAGUCGCACUAAAAUAGCGGACUGCUCAGGUUAUUUUCAGCAGAUUUAGGACGGCUUCGUUGAAUUGUAAUGCUCGGAGCAGAGCGAUCUACUCUGUCUGAACUAGCGAAAAUGACGGCCGCGAGUCAAGCAGAGAGGACUGUGCUGGAAGAGGAAUUUAAUUGGCUGCUGAAAGAAGAGGUCCAUGCGGUGCUCAAACAGCUGCAAGACAUUUUGAAGGAGGCAUCAAGGCGUUUUUCAAUGCCAUUACCAAGUCUCUGUGAAGGACAACUGAAACAAGAGAAUUUCAUUCUGGGCAGCUCAACGAUGGACCAGGUGAAAGGGGUUUUGACACUACAAGGAGAAGCUCUAACUCAGGCUGAUAUUAAUAUUAAAGUCGCUAAAAGCAGUCAAGUCAUGCAUUUUGCAUUCCGCGAUGAUAAACAGUGGAAACUGCAGCAGAUUCAGGAUGCCCGAAACCAUGUGAAUCAGGCCCUGCAGUUACUAAGCAGCCGUGACGAGAGUUACACCUUCAAAACUGGGGCUGAAGUCAAUAAGCUUAUGGAUGCAGUAAUGCUUCAGUUGACCCGAGCCAGAAACCGACUGACGACCCCGGCCAGCAUGACGCUUCCUGAGCUCGCAGCUAGUGGUCUAAUGAAAAUGUUCACACCUCCAAUGCCUGGUGACGUGAUGGUGAACUUCUAUAUCAAUCUCAGUAAACUGUGUUUGACAGUGUAUCAACUACAUGUACUGCAGCCUAACACUACUAAGAACUUCAAAUCAGCAGGAAGUUCAGUGCUGCAUAAUCCAGGAGCGAUGUUCGAAUACAACAACACCAAGUUUGAGGUGAGCCACGUCCAUAAGGUGGAGUGUGUGGUGCCGUGGCUGAAUGACACUCUGGUGUUUUUCACCAUUUCCCUGCAGCUCUGUCAGCAGCUCAAAGAUAAGAUUUCUGUCUUCUCUAGUUUCUGGAACUACAGACUCUUUUAAGCUAUAUCUGACCAAAACUCUACAGUCAGCGAUAAUAAAUAUGAUACAAUUAUUAUGCUCAAGGAUGCACUAGGAACAAAGAAUUCCAUGAACAAGCUCCCUGAAAUAAUCUGUUGUGACUUUACUAUAUGACCAUGGAUUUAUUCAUUUUGUGUGCUUUACUGUUCAGUAUGUGUUCUGCAGCAGAAGUAGAGUGCGCCGUGUAUGUAGUAUACAAACUGAAUUCAUUCAUUUGAAACGACAGACUCUUCAGAUGAAGGUAUUCAGUGACAUGUUUUUGUGUUUCUGCAGUAUUUGUCAAUGUCAGUGUUGACUGUUUGUCAGUAAUCUUGCCUAUAUUGAAGUUAACCUCAUCUAUAUGUGUUUAGGCUUUAGGAAGGAAAUGCUACUAAAUACACAACGCUUACGUUCUUAUUUGUCACAAAAACUGUGAAAUAUUCCAGUUGAUUUGUUGAGAGACCUCUUCAAACUCAUUUUACCAGUGUUUUUGCCUUUUUAGUCCAGGGGGUUGUAACACUUGAACAUUCUCUGAUGCCAGGGACUAUCAUCAAUGCAUUGAGACCAUUAUCAUAUGCUUAUGAAUGUGCAUAAAUGACCAAUAGUGUAUUUGCCAUUGUGACUCAACUGUGGUAUGACUAUAUUAACACUAAAUGACAGAUAACAGUGAACGUAUCCGGACUUCAUAUUCCAUUAAAACUACACACAUUCCUGAAGAUGGCUGAUUAGGGAGCAGAGUUCAGCAUUCCAUGAUGAAAAAAGGAAUAUUAUGUCGAGCGAUGGUUCAGAUGAUGUUCAGGGUUUAUGAUCAUUACAGAAAGGUUGCUCUGUCAGCUUUGUUACUUUGUCAGCCUUGUUUAUUUAUUGCUACAUUUGUAUUUAUUUCAUGUUAAAUGCACUUAAUUCGUGUCCUUAUUGAUUUCAUGCAUGUUAAUUUGAAUAUUGAUUCACGUUUAAGUAAAACCUAAGCUAUUUUCAUGUAUAUUUCAUGCUUAAUAUGGAAUAUUUUGUGCAAUAAACAUACUAUCAACAUUA